AUGAAGGCUGUUCGUAAUUUGCUGAUUUAUAUAUUUUCCACCUAUCUACUGGUUAUGUUUGGAUUUAAUGCUGGCCAAGACUUCUGGUGUUCAACGCUGGUGAAGGGGGUCAUUUAUGGAUCAUAUUCUGUAAGCGAAAUGUUUCCCAAAAACUUUACAAACUGCACUUGGACGCUGGAAAAUCCAGAUCCGACCAAAUAUAGCAUUUACCUGAAAUUUUCCAAAAAGGACUUCAGCUGCUCUAACUUUUCUCUCCUGGCUUAUCAGUUUGAUCAUUUUUCCCAUGAAAAAAUUAAGGAUCUCUUGAAGAAUAAUCAUUCUAUAAUGCAGCUCUGUGAUUCCAAGAAUGCUUUUGUAUUUCUUCAAUAUGAUAAGAAUUUCAUUCAGAUACGCCGGGUCUACCCCUUUGAAUUUGUAGGAUUAUACAAAAAGGAAGAUGAUCAGAAAUCUUUCUUUGAAUUUUUGGUAUUGAACAAGGUGAGCCCAAGCCAAUUUGGUUGCCAUGUUUUAUGCACUUGGCUGGAGAGCUGCUUGAAAUCUGAGAAUGGGAGAACUGAAUCUUGUGGGAUCAUGUAUACAAAAUGCACCUGCCCUCAGCACUUGGGGGAAUGGGGAGGAGAUGACCAUUCCCUGAUGUUGCUCAAUAAUGUAGUACUGCCCCUUAAUGAGCAGACGGAAGGCUGUCUCACCCAGGAGCUGCAAACCACCCAGGUCUGCAAUCUUACCAGGGAAGCCAAGCGGCCACCGAAGGAAGAAUUUGGAAUGAUGGGAGAUCAUACAAUUAAAAGUCAGCGACCUCGAUCUGUUCAUGAGAAAAGGGUCCCUCAGGAACAAGCUGAUGCUGCUAAAUUUAUGGCACAAACUGGUGAAUCUGGUGUUGAAGAGUGGGCCCAGUGGAGUACAUGUUCAGUUACUUGUGGUCAAGGGUCGCAGGUGCGAACCAGAACUUGUGUAUCACCUUACGGGACACACUGCAGCGGCCCUUUAAGAGAAUCAAGGGUUUGCAAUAACACUGCCCUCUGUCCAGUACAUGGAGUUUGGGAGGAGUGGUCACCUUGGAGUUUGUGCUCAUUCACUUGUGGUCGAGGCCAAAGAACUAGAACAAGGUCGUGUAUACCUCCUCAAUAUGGGGGAAGAUCAUGUGAUGGACCUGAAACACAACAUAAGCCUUGCAAUAUUGCUCUUUGCCCUGUUGAUGGACAAUGGCAAGAGUGGAGUGCUUGGAGUCAGUGCUCAGUGACAUGUUCCAAUGGCACACAGCAGAGAAGUCGACAAUGCACAGCAGCUGCCCAUGGAGGCUCGGAGUGCAGAGGUCCAUGGGCUGAAAGCAGGGAGUGUUACAACCCUGAAUGCACAGCUAAUGGUCAGUGGAAUCACUGGGGCCAUUGGAGUGGGUGUUCCAAGUCAUGUGAUGGUGGCUGGGAGAAGCGAAUAAGGAUAUGUCAAGGAGCAGCUAUCACUGGACAACAAUGUGAAGGAACUGGAGAGGAAGUUAGGCGGUGUAGCGAACAGCGAUGUCCAGCACCUUAUGAAAUAUGUCCUGAGGAUUACUUGAUAUCGAUGGUAUGGAAAAGGACGCCGGCGGGGGACAUGGCUUUCAAUCGGUGUCCUCUUAAUGCUACAGGCACCACUAGCAGACGCUGCUCUCUCAGUCUUCAUGGAGUGGCCUUCUGGGAACAGCCGAGCUUUGCUAGAUGCAUAUCAAAUGAGUACAGACACUUGCAGCAUUCAAUUAAAGAACAUCUUGCAAAAGGACAGAGGACUCUGGCAGGUGAAGGAAUGUCCCAGGUGACAAAGACCCUUCUGGAUUUAACUCAGAGGAAAAAUCUUUAUGCAGGAGAUCUCCUGGUUUCUGUGGAAAUUCUUAGAAAUGUUACAGAUACAUUUAAAAGAGCAAGUUACAUCCCUGCAUCUGACGGUGUCCAGCUCUAUCCAGGCUCAAUAGAACUAAUGCAGGUGAUUGAAGAUUUUAUUCACAUUGUUGGAAUGGGAAUGAUGGACUUUCAGAAUUCAUACUUAAUGACUGGAAAUGUAGUGGCUAGCAUUCAGAAGCUUCCUGCAGCAUCCGUUCUAACGGACAUCAAUUUCCCCAUGAAAGGAAGGAAAGGAAUGGUUGACUGGGCACGUAAUUCAGAAGACAGAGUUGUCAUUCCCAAAAAUAUCUUCACCCCUAUGUCAACAGAACUAGAUGAAUCCACUGUAUUUGUGCUUGGAGCAGUACUGUACAAAAAUCUGGAACUUAUUUUACCCACCUUAAGAAAUUAUACAGUUGUUAAUUCCAAAAUCAUUGUGGUCACCAUAAGGCCUGAACCCAAAACAUCUGAGUCCUUUCUAGAGAUAGAGUUAGCUCAUUUGGCUAAUGGCACAUUGAAUCCCUAUUGUGCACUUUGGGAUGAUUCAAAAAUGCCUCAGUAUGGUAACAGCAUGGAAGCAGGAAAAUGCAAACCUGGAAAAGCCAGUGCUGAAGGCCAAGAUAGAGAAGGGUUGAACAGCUGCCAUGCAUUUCCUUUUCGAGUUUAG